GGUGACGAUAGAAACAGAGCAAAUGCUAUUUCUAGUGAAUCCCUAAAAACAGAGAGAGGGAGAGAGAGACCUUCUUCGUCUUCGUCUUCGUCUUCGUCUUCUACAACAUCUCGAAAUUCUCAAAACGAGAGAGAAUCAACGAAUCAACAGGUGAGAAAUUCGAAAUCCAAGCGAGUUUGACUCGCCCAGAUUCUCGAUUUCUCCACCUUUUCGUAGAUCAUUGAUUUCCGAUUUCUCUCUUUCCCACUCCUCCGGUGAGUCCUAAACUGAGAUUUUAACCCAGAAUCCGUCGACAGAUUCGUCUUCCAUGGCGGGUUUAAUCAGAGAAACGUCGUUGCCGAAAGAGAGAAGCAGCCCACAAGCUCUCAUCCUCGGAAGAUACGAGAUGGGUAAGCUUCUCGGCCAUGGAACCUUCGCCAAGGUUUACCUCGCACGAAACGUGAAAUCAGGCGAAAGCGUCGCGAUCAAAGUAAUCGACAAGGAGAAAGUACUCAAAGGCGGUUUAAUCGCUCACAUCAAACGCGAGAUCUCGAUUCUCCGCCGUGUGCGUCACCCGAACAUCGUCCAGCUCUUCGAAGUCAUGGCGACGAAAGCGAAGAUCUACUUCGUCAUGGAGUACGUUCGUGGAGGCGAGCUCUUCAACAAAGUAGCUAAAGGCCGUCUCAAGGAAGAAGUCGCUCGCAAGUAUUUCCAGCAAUUGAUAUCCGCCGUCACUUUCUGCCACGCUCGCGGCGUUUACCACCGAGAUCUGAAACCGGAGAAUCUCCUCUUGGACGAAAACGGCAAUCUCAAAGUCUCUGACUUUGGACUCAGCGCUGUCUCCGAUCAGAUUCGACAAGACGGGCUUUUCCACACGUUUUGUGGCACUCCGGCUUACGUUGCGCCGGAGGUUUUGGCGAGGAAAGGCUACGAUGCUGCGAAAGUUGAUAUCUGGUCUUGUGGAGUUAUCUUGUUCGUGUUAAUGGCGGGUUAUCUCCCGUUUCAUGAUCGGAAUGUUAUGGCUAUGUAUAAGAAGAUUUACAAAGGGGAAUUUAGGUGUCCUAGAUGGUUUUCUCCGGAGCUAACGAAGUUGUUGUCUCGGCUUCUGGUGACGAAUCCGGAGAAACGUUUUACUUUCCCUGAGAUUAUGGAGAAUUCUUGGUUUAAGAAAGGGUUUAAGCAUAUCAAAUUCUAUGUGGAAGAUGAUAAGCUUUGCAAUGUUGAUGACGAUGAUGAUGAAUUGGAGACUGCAUCCGUGGAGUCGGAUCGGUCUUCUACGGUUUCUGAGUCUGAACUUGAGUAUUUCGAGCCUAGAAGGAGAGUUGGGGCGUUGCCUAGACCGGCGAGUUUGAAUGCUUUCGAUAUUAUAUCGUUCUCGCAAGGAUUCGAUUUAUCCGGUUUGUUUGAUGAUGAUGGUGAAGGUUCUAGGUUUGUUUCUGGAGCUCCGGUUUCGAAGAUCAUAUCGAAGUUGGAAGAGAUUGCUAAAGUUGUGAGCUUUACGGUGAGGAAGAAGGAUUGUAGGGUAAGUCUUGAAGGUUCAAGACAAGGAGUGAAAGGUCCAUUGACGAUUGCAGCAGAGAUAUUCGAAUUGACACCUUCGUUGGUUGUUGUUGAAGUUAAGAAGAAAGGAGGAGAUAAAACUGAGUAUGAAGAGUUUUGUAACAACGAAUUGAAACCCAAAUUGCAGAAUUUGACAGCUGAUGAAGUAGUAGAGCCUGUGGCGGUUGCAGCGGUUGAUGAAACCGCAACUGCAAUCGCGAAUUCUCCACCCGUUUGUUUCUUGCCUUCUGACUCUGAAUAGAAGAUGAUAGGCCACAAAACCACUUUUGAUUUUCCUUAUGGAAGAUUGGGGUUUUGUUACCUGAAUUUGAGAAGAAAAAAAGCUGCUUAGGUUUGGUGAAAUGUAGAAUCGAAUUGUGUAAUUUAUAUGUUAUGUUUUCUGUUGCAGAGAUCAUUAGAGGAAUAAGAUACGGGCUCUGAGUUAUGUUUUACUAACCUUUUAGCAGUUUUUUUUUGUUUUGUAUGGGAGAAUUGUAAACAGUUUCGUAUCAAAUCUUUUAUGUAUAAAACAAUGAAAUCAAAUAAAGAAACUUGCUUUCUUCUU